AAACACCUGAGGGUUGUACUUGUAACGUAUCUACAAAUAUUGGGUUCAUUAGGACUUGUAGAUUUGCAUGACUAAAUUAAUUGCAUUGUGUUGAAUAAAAUACCUUGAACCUCACCAUAACAUCCAGACGCUCAUCUGAAUCUGAAAUAAACCUGAAUAUUUGGAACCUGCUCUUGUUUACUCACUCAAAUUCGCUUGUGGCGGUAAUUCGCGUGGCUAGUUCUUUGGUACUGAGCGAUGGCGGAUUUUAACAAUCCUUUGCAAAAGUUUAAGCUGGUGUUUUUGGGGGAACAGAGUGUCGGGAAGACAUCCCUCAUUACUAGGUUUAUGUAUGAAACUUUUGACAAUCUGUAUCAGGCAACAAUCGGUAUUGACUUCUUAUCAAAAACUAUGUACCUUGAAGAUCGAACUAUUCGUUUGCAAUUAUGGGACACUGCGGGACAGGAACGUUUUCGAAGUUUGAUUCCCAGCUACAUACGUGACUCCUCAGCUGCAGUUGUUGUUUAUGACAUAUGCAAUGCUGGAUCUUUUCACCAGGCUUCAAAGUGGGUUGAUGACGUCAGAAACGAACGAGGGGGGGAUGUUAUUAUUAUCCUCGUUGGAAACAAAACGGAUCUAUCUGAUAAAAGAAAAGUAACUACUGAAGAGGGUGAGCUUCUUGCUAAAAAACUAGAAGUCAUGUUUAUUGAAACGAGUGCGAAGGCUGGAUAUAAUGUCAAAGUUGUGAGUCAUGAAAUAAUACAAUUUUGGUUAAGUUUGCUUUAUUGUCAUAUGUAUAAGUAAUAUCUUAGUCUUUACUUCAAACUUCUGUUCUUCAUGUCUAAAGAUGACUCAAUGUUUUCUUCAACUGUUUAAAUCUGUAAAGUAAACCAAAUUUACAUCGAUCUCAUGCAUCAAAGUGUGUCUGAGCGUUUAUGGCUUUUUAAUUGAGUGGAUUUGUUAUCUUCUAGUAUUUGGGUUUUCUAAGGACCUCCAAAGUGUGACGUGCUGGAUUUUGUAGCGCAAAGCCUUUCUUGUUAAUAAGUACAUAUAUUACCACUUCACAGUUCUUCAGAGAUAUCUACCCACUUUGGUGUCGUAGGGUUAGUUUUUACAAUUAUAAUUUCAAACUCCAUGAUCUAGCGCUAUCUUAUCCCAAUCAGACAUGUUUCUUAGCUAGUUUUGAAAUAAAAUUUUCUGACCAUUUAAUCUUCAACGCUGAAGUAUCUGCUCUCGCUAUCAAACAUAGUGACGCGCUGUUUGCUGCGUUCUCUAUAAGCGAUUGUAAAAGCGCCGCCUGUACGAUUUAUUAACACUUGUAUUUAUUGUUUUUAUAUAUUAAAACUAAAAUGACUAGUUGUAUUCGAUAAGAGAAAAGUCAGUUGGUUCGUUAAGCGACGAACCUCCCCUUAAGUACACUCACUCUCUUUCCUUGAACGCCAAACAUCUUCUCUCCAUGUAUUCUAAUAUCCACUGACUUGUUUCGUUUGACUACUGCACUACAUUAAGUUCCCAGUUAAUUUGUUGGUUUGUAUGUUUGGUGAACGUUUAAAAAUAUGUCGAGUAGUUCUGCUGUGGUUCACCUAACGAUAUACAUGGAUAUGAUAUGAAUAAUACCUUUGCUCUAAGUUAUCGCGAAAAAAUCGGUUUCAACCCAGAGCAAAAGUAUGUUGACCGGAAUUUUAUUCAACGCUGAAUUCUAGAACGUGAUAAAACUUACUGGUGCUACACAUUUAUCCUUUUUUGACUUGAGUUCUGCUUCACAGUAAUCCAUGAGUAUUCAGUUAAGUAAUGGAUUACCAAAGCUAGUUUAUUUUGAUCUGACUCAAAUACUACGUUGCGGUGUACGUAACUACCAGACAGGGAAACUCAUGAUAAGGCAUCAAUUUUUUUACAUGGAUUACUAUGAAACCUUAUUCGCUGGACCGGUUUGCGAGCGAGGUGUUAAUAUACAGUUGCUUUCUAUCAUAAUGUUCGAUUGACUCGAAUUAAUUUUUAGUAAUAACAUUAUUAUACAAGAAAACUAUAUGCAUAAAUGAUAGCUACAUGUGAAGUGUAAAAGGAAGUGUUAACUGUUUGGCAUUCUAAAAAUAUCAGAAAUUUGUAUUUGUAUGUGAUCUGUAUGGUUCAUGGUUCGAUUUACUCUUAUCUACUUCACCUUUGUUUUCAGUUGCAUCUAUUACCAGUUCUCUUCAUUCACUGUAGUAAAGAGUGACUGCUGGCUAUGGUUUAUUGUCACAUCUUAACCAGUUAAUCAAAGUUUAGUAUCAUUUCUAAACCGUGUUCCAGCUCUUUAUUACGGUAGUGAUUUCAACUGUUCCGUCGAAUCGCUACAGAAUUGGUCGAUCAAAAGAGUCCACUAUCCAGACAUGAUGAUUGUAUCCUUUCCGAUCUUAUCUAUAUAUACAUUGUUUUAUCUUUCCUUGGGCAUUUACUCAGCACUACGAAGAGAUUUUUAACUUAUUUUAGACACCUAGAGCAUGUAUGCUGGUUAGUUCUACGGUGCUAUAUAAAUGAGAACAUUUCUAGCUGAUAUUGAACUGAAACCAAUCGAGCCUCCUCAAGAAAACCAGUGGAAAACCUGCGGUUGUUGAAUAUCGAGUCUGUUUAUUCAGAAAAUUUUUGGAAACCUGCAAAAACUUAUAUAUAUAUAUAUAUAUAUAUAAUAGCUAUUCUCAAAUGAUCUUUAAUUGUUUUCGAAGUUUUAUUUCUCUUCACGAUUUACUUCGGCAAACUUGGUCUGAAUGUAUUUUCGUACCUAUAAAAAUGAUAUAUUUAUAUAUGUGUACAGCUUAUCUAUUUUAAUUUAAUGAAUUACCACUAAACUACAGUUUGACUUGAAAUUUCUAUUGACGAAUUUGAGUUUGCUUCGCUAAAACUUUUAAUUUCUGUUUUUUUUUUCAGGCCAUAAUUUUGUGUUUAUUUACACUGUUUACACAACAAUCUGUGAUGCUUUCCUUUAGUAAUUAUAAGCACGUCAGUCUUGUAUUAAACAUCUUGGUGGUUAAUUUCGUAUAUUCCUGUUUAUAUUUGCUGUGAAAACCGUGGUUAAUUAUCGAUUUUACAUCCUUUUGUUGUGCUCACGUAAAGUGUGAUUACAUACCCGGUCUUUUAUUUGUUACAGAGAAGUUAAUAAAUCAUAAAAGCUUCUUUUGUAAAGCCCAACGUAUAAACAAUUUGAUGUUAUCACUAGUGUCUGCUUUGCUAUAUAUAAAAUGCAGAAAAUUACCUCGUCAUUGAUUCUGUCUCUUAAGGAUUACUAGAAACUAACGCUUAAAUUCUAACUGCACUACCUACUACUAGCUUCCCUGUUGCUCUGAAGGUGGACGAAAUAAAGUUAGUCAUAGACCUUGAAGUUCCUGAGCAUUCACAAGCAAUCUUAGAUGUGAGGCAGGUGCUAUAGUUUCGUGGCUUAGCGUAGGGUUUUCAACAAUUUUUCGUUUCCUAAGGUCAACUGUCCGACACUGCACCGUGACUUCUGGAGUUCAUUUAAUGUCGAUGUCUCGUUAUUAUCACUCCUGCUCGACAACCGGAUAAUUUGCUGAAGUAUUGUAAACUUGGUAUUUGUCUCAAGGUAUCAUUGAGCGCGUGCGUGUUGCCUAUGUUGAUUGCAUCGAGGCACACCGCUACGAAAAACAACAUAAUCCCAUGGACAUUAGUGGCUUUUUUCAAAACCAUGCAUAAAAUAACAUGAUACAGAUUAAAGGAGGCUGGGGUAUAUAUUAACCAAAAGUAUUUAUUGAUGAGUAAUAAGUGUGACAGCAGUUAGUUGGUUAGACCUAGUGUACAGACCAGCUCAAAAGUAAUGAUAUUAAAUUUUACUGUCUUUAGUACUGGUGUUACAUCUGUUGUCAGGCGGUUCAGAGUGAGCGGUAUGCUAUUAACCACUUAUCAGCUUUUUACAAUAUGGUUUGUAAGGGGAAUUGAAACUGGUUCCUCUGUUAUAACGUGUAGCCGAGUGAAUGCCCUGUUAAUUUUCAAUGUGAUAAAACUCAAUCGGACCAGUGAUAUACGAAAACCGUACGAGCAGUCUAGAGU